GCCCCAUAGGGCCCUGCAGCCGCCAUGUCCGCUCCCGGGGCCUUCAGUGUGUGUCCCUUCUCCCUUAACCUGGUGGCUUCCCUCCCUUAGGAAUCGCAUUCCAAGCAGGCUCAAGCCCCUCCUUUGCCCGGGUAGCGCCGUGGGGGAAGCCAUUGGGCAAUCCCAUAGGGCUGAACAGCCUCGAACCGACUCGCAACCUCCUCCCCCCUUAAUCAUGGAGYUGCCCGACUAUCAAAGCCACUUUUUAUUCUUCUGUCCCUCUCCCUAGUGCUCCAAAUGGCUUCUUUCGGGUGGAAGCGGAAGAUUGGCGAGAAGGUCUCCAAAGCCACUUGGCAGCAGUUCGAAGCAGAAGCCGCCGACGAUGCCGGUGCGGGUGAGGAUGCGGACGAUAACUGGGUGCACGCGGCCAAGAGGAGGAAGGAGCUGCUGCUGGAGGACUGCGUGAGGAAGAGCAAGCAGCUGAAGGAGGAGGGGGCAAAUCUGGCAGAAAACAGCAGAUUCCGGGAGGCUAUUCGCAAAUGGGAUGAAGCACUUCAGUUAACUCCAGAGGAUUCCACACUUUAUGAGAUGAAAUCACAGGUCCUGAUGUCUUUGCAUGAAAUGUUCCCAGCAGUGCAUGCAGCAGAAAUGGCUAUCCAGAGAAAUCCACGUUCCUGGGAUGCCUGGCAGACCUUGGGACGUGCCCAGCUUGGAGUAGGAGAAAUAGAACUGGCAAUCCGAAGUUUUCAGGUAUCCUUACACACCUUUCCAAUGAACCCCGAAGUAUGGAAAGAGGACCUUUCUUGGGCACGAAAACUCCAUAAAUAUAAGCAGAAGGCAGCAAAGGCUAAGGCAGUGCAAGCGCUGGCAAAAGAGGCUGCACAAGAAUCAAUCCCAGACUAUGACUUUGAGAGUGAUGAGAUUGUGGAGGUCUGUGCUGCCAUCGCCCAGAAGGAGAAAGAAGCGAAGUCCGUGGUGAUCGUGUCUGCGUCAGGUGCUGUAGAGACUGUUACCGAGAAGGAAAACUCUGCAGCGACUCCUGAUGAGACCAUUUUUAUCAGAGCCCGGUAGGGCACUCUGCUAUGUUACCAGUACAGUUUUGAGAACUAGUUAUUUAUUGUAUGUUGAGAGUUUUUUGAGAAUUUUUUUUCUUAACCAAGGGAAGCCUACAAAAGCUUUUCUUUUUCCUUCGAAAAUUCUGAUUUGAGUAAAACUAGUUUUCUAAAAAAAAAAAAAAAAAGUAAAUCUGACUGAAUUUGUCUUCUGUCUGUACUUUUGGAGAGAAAAACUAAGGGUUGAUUUUAAAAAUCCCAUGAACAAAUGUAGUGUUAAAAUGCUUAAAUACAUUAUAACAUCAUCUUUYGUGUAACUGUAUUUAAUAAUUGUACAAAUUACUUUCUACAUUUUCCAAGUAGUAGACUGUAAUUUAAAACACACAACAAAAGGGCAGUUUGUUGUAAAUGUUGUGUUUCGGUCCUUACUCAUUAAUGRGUAUCAGCCAGUUUGAGUGUGAGCUGCUCUCUUGCCCUCAGAGGUCUGGCUGRUCCUUAUUUCAAGUGCUGCUCUACAGACAGCACCACAAGGAAAGCAGUGGGAGGGAGCUGGAAAUAGGUACGUCCCUGAAGUUAGCAUUUUUAUCCCUUUCCUCCCCACUAAGGAUGAAGACCCUAUAAAAGGAAUCCAUGUAUUUUCAUAGUUCUUACAAUCUGCCAUUCCUUGGGGAAACCAGAGGUUCAGGACAACGUUGCCUCAGUCUCCCUUUUAAAUCGUCCAUGCGUUUGGACGGUGUGGAGGGUAUUUGUGCUGUGUUGACCCAGCUGCUCCACUCAGGAAGGUCCUUUGGCCUCGAUCUUUCUCCAGGGGAGGCUGGUGGUGGCUUCCUCUCGGGGGCAGUGAAGAGAAGAGCCCAGUGGCUCUGGGCUGAGGCUCCGCUGUCUGCAGAAGCAUUUGGGAGGCUGGAGGUAGGUCCUGAGAAACUUCCACCUUGUGGAAAUCUGGCUUGGCUGAAGUUACCUCCUUGUACAAGACUAGAUUCUAGUUACUGUUUAUUUCCAAACACAUUUAAGCUUACUUAAGUGUCUACAUAAUAUACAGUUGCAUUGUAAGUGUUACAGGGACUAUAAAUCAAAGAUAAUUUGGGGAAAAAUGGUCAAUUCA